AUGGCAACCCAAGGUAUCCGAAUCGCUAUCGACCGUGGUGGCACUUUCACGGAUGCCUGGGCUGAGGUACCUGGACGCAGAGAGCACAUCGUCUUCAAGAUCCUCUCAGUAUGUCCCGAUGAAUACGACGAUGCGCCAACAGAAUGUAUCAGACAGAUUCUCGAGACAGCGUCGGGGACAUCAAUACCCAAAGGAUCAUUAUUAGAUCUUGAAUCCAUUGAAUCCAUCCGAAUGGGAACGACAGUCGCUACCAACGCUUUACUAGAGCGAAAAGGAGACCGCGUGGCCUUCCUUGUCACCAAGGGCUUCCGAGACAUCCUUCUUAUCGGAAACCAAACCAGACCCAAUCUGUUCGAUCUCUCUGUUCAGCGGUUAGAGCAGCUUUAUGAGUCGGUGGUAGAAGUCGACGAGCGUAUCACUAUUGAGGGCGCCAGCGAAGCUCCGCAGGCGCAAGAUAAGCCUAUCGAUGUCUCAUCAGAUCCAGCACUGGUCGUGGGCCAAACCGGAGAGGUCGUGCGAAUCAUGAAGAAGCCAGACUUGGCUGCUGUCCGUGUUGACCUUGAGAAACUCAAGGCGCAAGGCUUCAAGAACAUUGCUGUUGGCCUUAUGCACUCCUAUACAUAUCCAGAACACGAGCUCCAAAUCCAGAAGAUUGCCGAAGAGAUGGGCUUCAAGGUUUCUGCUUCCUCCGUUCUCCAGUCUAUGGCCAAAUUUGUUCCUCGGAGUCAAUCGGCUGUUGCGGACGCGUACCUAACUCCUAUGACCUUUGCUUAUCUCGACGGCUUCCGCAAGAAUUUCAAAGGCCAACUAGAAGAUGAGAGUGCAAACAAGCUUCUUAUCUGCCAGUCGGACGGUGGACUUACAAGCUGGUCCAAGUUCACUGGCUUGAGGGGUGUUUUGAGUGGGCCUGCUGGUGGUGUCGUCGGACUGUCGAGAACAUGCUACGACGAUGCUGAUAGAAUGCCUGUUCUAGGCUUUGAUAUGGGCGGUACUAGCACAGAUGUUGCCAGGUACUCUGGUGCUUUGGAACACAUCUUUGAGAGCACCUUAGCAGAGGUCACCAUUCAAACCCCUCAGUUGGAUAUUAACACUGUUGCUGCUGGUGGUGGCUCUAUACUGGCUUGGGAGAAUGGCCUUCUCAAGGUUGGCCCAAGCAGUGCUGGUGCCAAUCCAGGACCUGCAUGCUAUGGCAAGGGAGGCCCCCUGACUGUCACCGACGCCAACUUCCUCCUAGGCAGAAUUAUUCCAGACUUCUUCCCUCGCAAGCUGGAUCUAGAUACUGUCAAGGAGAAGUUUAGCACUCUAGCGGACGUCGUCAACAAGGAAAAGGACGGCGGUGAAGCAUUUACUCCGGAAACCCUGGCUCUUGGUUUCCUGGCUAUCGCCAACGCCACCAUGACUCGGCCUAUCCGAACCCUCAGCGAGGGUCGCGGCUAUGGAGCGGCCAGCCACAACCUAGGAUGCUUCGGUGGUGCCGGAGGUCAACACGCUGUUUUCAUUGCCCGGGAUCUGGGUAUCAAGCGGGCUAUUAUUCCCUGCUAUUCCAGUAUUCUGUCUGCCUAUGGAAUGGCAUUGGCUGACGUCGUGGUUGAGAACCAAGAACCUGCGGCCAUAACCUUCUCAGAAGGGGCCGUACCUGAGAUCAAGGCCCGCCUCGAAUCCCUGUCAUCUCGAGGAGCCAGGGGCCUUGAAGCUCAGGGUUUUGACGCUAGUCUCACCGAGCAUGAAUGCUUCUUGAACAUGCGGUAUCAAGGAAGCGAUACGUCUCUUAUGAUUCAAAUUUCAGGGAAUGUGGAAGAUGGCGGUCAAGCCUUCACAGCCAGACACACGCAAGAAUUUGGUUUCUCACAGUCUCGCAACAUUCUCGUCGAUGACGUCCGUGUCCGCAGUGUUGGCAAGUCCCGCGUGCAAAACAUUUCCAGCCCAUUCGAGGAGCUCAAGAAGCACGACUCUGAUGGCCUAACCCCUCGCCCGACUCCUAUCUUUGGGCGCAAGAUCUUUUUUGAGAAGCACGGCUGGACUCAAACGCCUGUGUAUGAGCUCAAGACCAUCAGCUCUGGCGUGCGCAUUGCCGGUCCUGCUAUGAUCAUCGAUAAGACUCAGACUAUCGUUGUCGACCAUCUGAGCACGGCUGUCGUCCUGCCUGAACACGUUGUCCUUGAAGUCGAGCGUGAUGGCCAACAGAGCGUCACAACCGAGACGGUCGACCCCGUGCAACUCAGUGUCUUUGGACAUCGAUUUAUGACAGUUGCCGAGCAGAUGGGGCACACUAUGGAGAAGACAUCCAUUUCAGUGAACAUCAAGGAGCGCCUGGACUACUCGUGCGCUAUCUUCUCGGCAGAUGGGGGGCUCGUCGCAAACGCCCCCCAUAUCCCUAGCCACUUGGGGUCGAUGAGUUCUGCAAUUGCCUACCAAGCACAGAAGCACAAGGCGGACCUAAAGCCCGGCGAUGUCCUUAUCAGCAACCACCCGCGAGCCGGCGGCACGCACUUACCUGAUAUCACAACGAUUACUCCUGUCUUUGAUGAUGAAGACAAAGAAAUCAUCUUCUUCGUCGCCAACAGAGGUCACCAUGCGGAUAUCGGUGGUAUCGUGCCAGGUUCAAUGCCUCCCAACUCUACCGAGUUGUGGCAAGAAGGGGCUGCAAUUGAGUCAUUCAAGAUGAUCAAGGAGGGUGCUUUUGAUGAAGCUGGACUUAUCAAGCGUCUUUAUGAUGAACCAGCGACAUUCCCUGGCUGCAGUGGCACACGAACCCUGACUGAAAACAUUGCCGACCUGAAGGCUGCUGUUGCUUCCAACCAGAAAGGUAUUGAACUUAUCCGGGCUCUAGUUAAGGAAUUUACCUGGCCAGUGGUGCAACUUUAUAUGUAUGCCAUCCAAGAUAAUGCUGCCCAGUCUGUGCGGGAUCUACUGAAGCAGUUUGCUACGAGAUACGAAGGUGGUAUUCUCGAAGCUACCGAGUACAACGACGAUGGUAUUCCAUUCAAGCUGAAGGUAACCAUUGACAAAGAGACCGGUGAUGCCGUCUUUGACUUCACCGGAACUGGCGCUGAACAUUCUGGCAACCUGAACGCUCCUCCCACCUGCUCAUACUCUGUCAUCAUGUACUGCCUCCGCUGCAUGAUUUCGACAGACAUCCCCCUCAACCAGGGCUGUCUGAAACCCAUCAAGGUCGUCUGCCCAGACAACACCAUCCUCUCCCCCUCCGCCACGGCAGCAACAGUUGGCUGUACAACCGAAACCUCACAAAAGGUGGCUGACCUCGUCCUCCGCGCCUUCAACGCAGCUGCCGCCUCCCAGGGUACAAUGAACAACCUCAGCUUCGGCUGCGGUGGCACCGACCCCGUCACGGGCGAAGUCACCAAGGGCUUCGGCUACUACGAGACCAUCUGCGGUGGCGCCGGCGCCGGGCUAGGCUGGCAUGGGGCAAGUGCCGUGCACACACACAUGACAAACACACGCAUCACGGACCCCGAGAUCUUCGAGAAGCGAUACCCCGUAAUCCUGCACGAGUUCUCCAUCCGCAAGGGGAGUGGCGGUGCGGGCCGCUGGCACGGUGGAGACGGAUGCUACCGUGAGAUCGAAUUCACGAUGCCUCUGCAGGUUUCUGUUCUUACGGAUCGGAGAGUCACGGCGCCAUACGGGCUUGAGGGUGGAGAGGACGGAGAGCGAGGCCAGAAUAUCUGGGUUCGCAGGGAUCCUGUGACGGGUGCGACGAGGCGGGUUUCUCUGGGCCCGCGAAAGACGUCCAUGUUUGGUACUGGUGACCGAGUUAUCAUCUUCACGCCUGGAGGAGGUGGCUAUGGGGCUGAUCCAGCCAAGAGUGAGAAGGGGUCGAAGCCGUUGACAAAUGGUUUAGAGCUGAAGCAGCAGGAUUCAAGAUCGUUUCUGACGAAUGGGUCAUUGGGCGUGAGGCAUAGCAUUGCGACUGGGAAUUAG